ACGCGGCGAUGGCGGCUGCGGCGGUGGCGGCCCCCGAGGUCCUUCGGGAAUGCGGCUGCAAGGGUAUCCGGACCUGUUUGAUCUGCGAGCGGCAGCGUGGAGGUGACCCGACCUGGCAGCACUCCCCGCAGAAAACACACCGGUUCAUUUACUACGCCGACGCCGGCUGGGCUGUGGGGGCCGAGGAGUCUGACUUUGAAGGCUGGGCCUUCCCCUUCCCAGGCGUGACGCUGAUCGAGGACUUUGUGACCCCGGCGGAAGAAGCUGAGAUGGUACGGCUGAUGGACCGCGACCCCUGGAAGCUCUCACAGUCCGGGCGGAGGAAGCAGAUACUCCUUACUGAUCUCAGCGAGGCCCGGCCCCGCACAUCGGACUACGGCCCCAAAGUCAACUUUCGGAAACAGAAGCUGAAGACCGCCGGCUUCCGGGGCCUCCCCAGCUUCAGCCGGGAGGUGGUGCGGAGAAUGGGCCUCUACCCCGUCCUGGAGGACUUCCGGCCCGUGGAGCAGUGUAACCUGGACUACUGCCCGGAGCGGGGCUCGGCCAUCGAGCCGCACCUGGACGACACCUGGCUGUGGGGGGAGCGGCUGGUGAGCCUCAACCUGCUGGCCCCCACCGUGCUGUCCAUGUCCCGGGAGGCACCCGGCAGCCUGCUGCUCUGCCUGGCGCCGUCCGGCCUCCCACAGGCCCCGGCGGAAGGCGCGCCGGCCCCCGGCAGGUCUGUCCCGUGCCGGGAGGUGGAGGUGGCGGUGCCCUUGCCCCGCCGCGCUCUGCUGGUGCUCACGCGAGCCGCGCGGCACCAGUGGAAGCACGCCAUCCACCGCAGGCACAUCGGGGCCCGCCGCGUGAGCGCCACCUUCAGGGAGCUGUCUGCCGAGUUUGGCCCCGGCGGGAAGCAGCAGGAACUGGGGCAGGAGCUCCUGCAAACCUCGCUCUCCUUUCAGGGGAGACCCACGUGAGCCGCCUGCCCGGGGACGGGAGCUGGCGCUGGGCCUGGCCGGGGGUGCUGGCUCCACAGUGGACCAUUAGCCGGCACUGAAGGGGGCGCCCAGCCCGAGGGUCUUUCUCAGGUCUCAAGAGGAGACCGCUUGACACCCUGGUGCCCGGCAGCACGAGCCCUGUCCGUGAGCUGGCUCGAUGGGAAGGGGCCUCAAGUCGGUCCCCUUUGACCUGCGCCGUGGCCACUUGCCUGGGUUGUUUAAUUUGUCACAGCUUGAGGGCAGUGGCAUACUUUGAGCUUAAAAAUCGUUGGUAGCACUUCAGGUCAUUUUCUCCUUUAUCUGUCUCUCUUAACAAGGUUGCCCGAUGUCCCAGCCUGCAGGCCCUUCAUUUGUUUAUUUAUUAUUUAUUAUUUUAUUUAUUUAUUUUUGGCCGUGCCACGCAGCUUGCAGGAUCUUAGUUCCCUGACUAAGGGAUUGAACCCAGGCUCACGGCAGUGGAAGCGCUGAGUCCUAACCACUGGACCGCCAGGGAACUCCCAGGCCCCUCAUUUAGGGAGCGUGUUGGAUUGGAGAACAGGAUGGGUAGAAGAUGUGAGGUUAUUACUGUUUCAGACUUCAGAGCUGCUGACAGCUUCUGAUUUGCACUCUGCCCGGGUCAUGCUUGACCCCAUGGGGUGUGGGAUACGCAACACUGGUGACCAGCGGUUGGCAGGGAGGGGCUUCCAAGCAUCACCUCUCUCCACGGCGUUCCACCAAGAGCAGAGAGAAAUUCAUAACUUAAGUACUUAUUUAUUCAGUUCAGUCCAGGGCAACUGUUUUAAAAAUCCAUACACAGGACAGGGCGUGUGCACACCGCAUGUGGUCUCCACAGCGUCAUGCAUAAUGAAUUAAUCGGCACAAGACAGGUGAGUGCAGAUGAGCCUCGAUCCGUUCAGGCUUAGGCAAUUUUAUCCUCAACAGACCUUCCUAGAAGACACUGAAAUACAUUCUGCCCUGGCAGUUUGUCUAAAAUAGAAACGCUUGAGUUUUGAAACUUCUGGUCAGGUACUAAACGGAGACCGUGUUCCACUUUGGAAAGGGCCUCAGCGUAUCUGCGGGCACUUGUUUUUAUGAGCACCAGGAAGGCUCUGCUCAGAGGAAAACAGGGCAAGCCCACGCUGGCUCCGGGGCGGCCUGUGGUGCCUCUCACUCACCACAGAAAGGUCACUGCACUUGGAACCCCCUUCACAGUCAGGUUAAGCCUCCAGAAACCAAAUUUCUAGCCUGCAAUUUGCUUCCCUCCCCUCCCCAGACUGCCCUGCGGCAGCUCCAAAUGGCAGCUUAUUCUCCAGUCCUGAGGGUGCCCCCCUGAUCAUCAGUCCCCAGGCCCACAGUCAUCUCUGUUCUCACAGAAAUUCAGUUUGCCCCGUGCCUCUGGGAACUAGAAAGGCUGGAGCUGGGAGAGCUCGCUGGAAGAAAGAACAAGAAAUUACAAGAACAUUAUUCUCCUAAUCCGUGUCGAAAACGUGAUUAUGUGGCAUCUUUCCUACCCAUGUGGCACUGUCACUGGGCACCUAGUGCCCAGAUGUGGGCCCGGAUGUGGCCAGGCUAGAAAAACUCUGCCCAUGGGCCAGGUGUAACAGCUGGCCCCUGGCUGACACCCAGAGUGUGCUCGCCACAGUCUGGGGAGCUCGGCACUCCGUGGGUCUGGCACACUGGGCAGGGGCACCAGAUAGCCCAGGAAGGUGGCCGAAGUGAGCCCAACAAGGCCCCUCUCAAAAGGCUGAGGCCAGAGGAAGGGGCUGCCGCCCCCCCCCCAGCAGUGGGGAGGAGCCAGCCUGUCUAGUCCCUGCCAGGACACAAAGUGGCCAUCUUGCAGUGAUGCUGACAUUCUUUUGCAAAGCAAACACAUUACACCAGACGAGCCUUUUCAGCAAGGCUCUGGGAGAGGAGACAUGCGCUAGGGAGCAAGCAAGUCACGACAGAUGUCUGCAGAGGAUGCGAGGGACACUCCCUUUGGAAAGCGCCAGGGCUCUCCGGCCCAGCAAGACACGUUGUCCAGGCUCCCUGUAAAUGCCAUGACUUGCACUGGUGAUUCUCAGCAUUCAGAGUUACGUGUUAAGGUUUAGGUUCUCAACAGGAUGUCACAGCCCCAGAAACCUCAACCAGGCCUGCCCGCACUUCUUGGUACAGGCAACCCAGACCCCACAGAGAU